GUCUGUAGAGAAGCAGAGCUUGUUUCACAACAAAAAUUCACAGUUGAGGGGGAGUAGAUCUGUCUGUUGCAAUCAGAGAUUCAGCUACAGGAUGGUUGUUUUGUACUUCAUCUUGCUCUUGGCUUUUUCCUCAUUUUCUGAUGCAUACAAAAACUGGUUCACCAUGGAGGGCGAGGCUUUUGCUGUAAAGUGUCCUUUUGCAGAAGAUCAUGAGACAGUAACCUGGCACCUUUCCAAAACGAACAAGACCAUCUCCACAGAUGAAAAAAUGCGAAUAUUUUCUUCUGGGGUAUACCUUUGGUUUCUGCCAACAUCCACCAAUGACUCUGGGAAUUAUAUUUGUGUCAAACAUAAGUCUGAUUCUCAAACGAUCGAAUCUGUGAAUGUGACGAUUCAUCCGUACAAAGAAGGCAUUUGUUAUUACAAUGAAGAUUUAUAUUCUUAUACUUCAGGAAUCCCUGGGUCUGGAAAAAUUUAUUGUCCUUCUAUUAAUAAGUAUAAGACUGCAUCUGAUGUCAAGUGGUACAAGGACUGUAAAUACAUUAAUGGCUCAAGAUACGUAAUACAGAAUUCUAGACUUUAUAUUUCUGGUGCAAAUGAAGCAGACAAUGGAAAUUAUACUUGCCAGUUUACAUACACUCAUGGUGGAAGAAAAUUUAAUGUAUCUGCAACAAGGACCUUUGAAGUUGUAGAAGACUCUUCACCAAUACCUAUUAAAGUUCUUUAUCCUCAAGACAAUGAAGUUAUAGAAGCAGAGAUUGGGUCUCCCAAGAAUCUUUCGUGUAAGGCAUUGCUUGGGCAUCGAAAGCAAGACUUCGCGACAAUCUUUUGGAACAUCGCUGGUGACUAUGAUCAAGAUAUGGAGUUAUAUAUGGUUCCCAAUGAAGGAUAUUAUGCAGAGGCCGUAUUACAUAUCAAGGAAGUCAGGAAAACAGACCUUAACAUAAAUUUUGAGUGUGUCAUAGCAAAUGAUCUGGAGUCUAGAGCAGUCAAUGUAACUUUACAUUGCAUCGAGCCGUGUGAAGGUCACAAGAACACCUACCCAAUUACAGGUUUUAUUACCUUAUUUGUUAUUACAACCAUCUUGAUGAACUGCCUCUUUAAAGAAGAGGAGGAAUUGUAUAUAAAAAAGCUAACAGUUGAGGACUCUGGGAACUAUACAUGUGUGGUGUCCUAUCUUAAUGCAGGAAAGCUAUACAAUGCCACCAACACAAUACAAGUACAAGUGAUAGAAGAAGAUGCUGAAUAUACAAAGCCAACAAUAAUUGGACCCGACUCUGAAGAAGUUGAAAUAGAAAUAGGUAAAGAGAAGAUGAUCAACUGCACAGCUUUCUUGGGUUACUCUAACAAUUCACCUAAUGUUUCGUUUUAUUGGCUACAUAACAAACAAUGGUUAGAUAACUGUUUAGCUAUCACGGAUAGUGUAUCUCCAUGUGAAAUGGACGGCUAUAUUACAUAUAAUGAAGGAGCCAAGUUCUUUGCCUUAAAGCAAUUGUGGAUUAAAAAUUUUCAAGAGGAGGAUAUCAAUUCUAUAUACACCUGUACUUUAUCAACUGCAAAAAGUACAAAUGCCCAAACAAAAACAUUUACACUGAAGAAAGUUAAAUCUUCAGAUGUCUCUCAGUACACUUUUACUACUGGGAUGAUCAUGGCGAUACUGUGUCCUCUUGGUGCUCUUGUGGUGAUAAUCCUGUGUGUUGUAUUCCGAGUUGAGCUUGCCUUAACAUACAGGGAUCUAGCAGCAAAAGAUGAAACUUUGGGAGAUGGAAAAAUAUAUGAUGCUUUUGUGUCUUACUUGAAAGACUGUAUACCAAUAUGUGGUGAAGAGAGAGUGUUUGCACUGGACAUUUUGCCAAAAAUAUUAGAAGAGCAUUUUGGAUAUAAAUUGUGUCUCUUUGAAAGGGAUAUUUCUCCUGGAGGAGCUAUCGUCGAUGAUGUCCAAUCAUUUAUUGAUGGAAGUCGAAGAUUAAUCAUUAUAUUGAGCAAGAAUUACGUAUCUGACAAAGUCAUGUUUGAACUUGAAGCUGGAUUGCAUAAGGCCUUAGUUGAACGGAAGAUCAAAGUAAUAUUGAUAGAAUAUAUGCCUAUAAGUGAUUUCAAUUUCUUGCCUGAUUCAUUGGAGCUUCUUUCAUCCAGCCACAGGGUAAAAUGGAAAGGAGAGAAGUCUCUCCCAUUAAAUUCCAGAUUUUGGAAGAGACUCCGCUAUGCAAUGCCUGCAAAAUCUUCAUCAAUGAAUGCACUAGCUUAUUUUCGUAGGUUACAUUCUAGGUAAAAAUUGAUAAAAGAGUUUGCACUGCAUCCCAUGUGGGUUUCCUGAUGAGGAAACCCAUUUCUGGGUUUCACUAUGGUUAAGGUUAGUUGUUUUUCCUCAAGACAGUUUCAGGUGGGUAGCUGUGUUGGUCUGUAGUAGAAGAGCAAGAUUUAUGUCCAGUAGUAACUUUUUAAGACUACCUUGAUUUCCAGGGUAUGAGCUUUCAAGAGUCAAAGCUCUUUUGAAUCUAGGAAGCUCAUACCCUUGAAAUCUAGUUGGUCUUUAAGCUGCUAGUGGACAUGAAUCUUAUUUUUCCUCAAUAUCUCUUGAAAUACCUCAGUAUAUCUAGAAGGGAUACUUUCCUUUGUUUGACAGUUAUUCAGUUGUGUAUAAUAAACAUAUUUGGGAUGACAAUAAAUAAAAAAAUGGAUGUAUUCAUAGCAUGGCUGCCACUGUUCAUAUUCAGAAAA